AUGGAGUCUAAUAACAAAGUAUCGUUACACCCGGAGCAAAAGAAAUGGAAGGCUCCAAAGGGGCCGAAGCCAGUUCACCACAAGAACAAAAACCUCAUAGGUUUGGGUCGUACCAUAGCAAAUCAGAGGUCCAAGGAAAAUGAAGUUCAAUAUUUGCCAGAUGGGGAGAUGAGAUUCACCACAGACAAGAAAGAUCCCAACUGGGUCAAAUUGAGAUCAGUUACACAAGAAAAUUCUUUGGAUGAAUUUUUGAGUACAGCACAAUUGGCUGAUACUGAUUUUAGUGCAGAGAGAGGACAGCAAGUUAAAAUCAUCAAAGUUGGCAACACAAACAUAAUCAACUCUAAUGGAUUAUUGAGUACGGAUGAGAUGUUAGCAAUGAGGCAGAAACAUAUGAUGUUUGAAAAUAAAUUGACUAUUCCAAGACGUCCAAAGUGGUUCAAACAACAAAGUAAAUUAGAAAUCGAAAGGCAGGAAAAUCUCGCAUUUUUAGCAUGGAGGAGAGACUUGGCAAGUUUGACGGAAAAUAAUGAUUUGUUAUUGACCCCAUUCGAAAGGAACUUGGAGGUUUGGAGACAGUUAUGGAGAGUGGUGGAGAGAUGUGACUUGGUGGUGCAAAUUGUUGACGCAAGGAAUCCGUUGUUUUUCAGAUCUAUUGAUUUGGAAAAGUAUGUUGACGGUUUCAACGAAAAUAAUGACCCAAAUCAUCAAAAAAGGAACUUGCUACUUGUCAACAAGGCAGAUAUGUUGAGUCGUGACCAAAGAGUAGCAUGGGCUGACUAUUUCAAAGCAAAGAACAUCAACUAUGUAUUCUUCUCUGCAGCCAAUGCAAAUGCAUUGUUGGAAAAGGAGAGAGAGGAAGCAGAACAGAUUGAACAGCAUAUACAGGAAGGCUCUCUGACCAGUGCUGACCAGUUGGUUGAUGACUUGGAGACAGAUGAGUCUGUGAGAAUUUUGAAAAUUGAAGAGCUCGAGCAAUUGUUUAUGGACUCUGCGCCAAACUUUGAGGUGGACCCAGAAUUUCCUGAUCGUAAAUUGCAGAUUGGUCUUGUUGGGUACCCCAAUGUUGGUAAAUCCUCCACAAUUAACGCCUUGAUUGGAUCAAAGAAAGUAUCAGUCUCCUCAACACCAGGUAAAACAAAACAUUUUCAAACACUCCAUCUAACUCCCGAUGUUAUACUUUGUGAUUGCCCUGGUUUAGUGUUUCCUAAUUUUGCCUACACCAAUGCCGAAUUGGUUUGUAAUGGUGUUUUGCCAAUUGAUCAAUUACGUGAACAUAUCCCCCCAACUGCACUAGUGUGUCAAAGGAUACCGAAGUUUUUUCUUGAAGCUGUGUAUGGUAUUCACAUACCUAUUCAACUGGUUGAAGAUGGAGGUAACGGAGAGUACCCAACAGCUAGAGAAUUGCUUAAUGCUUACGCGAGAGCAAGAGGUUACAUGACACAAGGAUUUGGGGCUGCUGACGAACCAAGGGCAGCCAGGUACAUUCUUAAAGAUUAUGUUAAUGGGAAACUCCUUUAUGUGAACCCUCCUCCAGUCCUUGUUAAUGGAGAGUGGCAAUUGUUGGAUUUGCAAAAGAGUAGAGAAUUCAAUAAGGAGUUGUACACUUUACAACAUCUCCCUGAAUCAAGACGACAACAGAUUGAGCAUGCCAUGAAGGCGAGAAAUAUUUCAAUUGAUCAGUUUGAUUUGCAAAAAGAUAUCUCCAAGUUGAAUUUUUCCAUGCAUAUUGGUGGUGGCGAAGAGAGUAGUGGCAGUACAACUGGGGCAAAGACGUUAUUUUACGGAGGAAAACAGGCCAAGUUGGAAAGUGCUGGUGAUGAUUUAGAUCAAGAGUUUUUUGCAAUGGGUAACGUUGAGGGUAAAUUGAAUACACCAUUCCACAAAAAGACCAUCUCAUUACCAACUAAGUCUGAUAAGAAGCACAACAAGAAAAACAAGAAACAGGAGAAGAAGCAUAGAUUCGUAGCUAGUUAA